AUGGAAAAAGGAAUCGAGGCCACCAUGGCAACCGAAGAGGACCGCACAGCCUUGGGUCGUUUGGAGACGAUACUGUUAUCGAUUAAUUGUUCCAAUUGGUGUGGAAGAACGACCUCAGCGCAGUGGGCGGAAUGGCUUCGAGCCCCCCUGGAGCACGCUGUUGCUGAGGGCGACAAGGACCUUGCCUUGACCCUGCUGAAUGCCGGGGCGAACGGCGGAUCAGGCUGGAAGGGUUGUAACGACCGCACUCUACUCCAGGCGGCUGCCGAGGGAGGAAACGAGGAGGUGGUACGCACGUUGCUCGACAUUGAAGGCAUGGAGGAAGUGGACGCGGUGUCUAGCGACGAGGGCGGGACUGAACUCCACCGUGCAGCCGCUGGCGGACACACCAAUGCGGCGCGUGUGCUGAUGCUGGCAGGUGCCAGCGUUGGUCUGGUUGACAGCAAGGGGAUCACUGCCAAGCACUACGCCAUCGAAGGGGGGCACCUGCCGCUCGCCGAAGAGUUGGUGAUCGCUGGAGCCGAUCUCGAAGCCAAGGACGGCGACAGCAAUACGCCUCUUCAUCUUGCUGCCGCUCAUAACGACGACAAGUUCAUCCGUACACUGAUACGCAGGGGAGUGCGCGUUUCGGUGGUCAACAAGGCAGGACAGCAGCCGCUUCACAUCGCGGUCGAGCGUGAACACGUGGCCGUUGCGAAAGCUCUUUUGAAGGCCGGUGCUGAUCCCGACGUUCGUUUCGGCGAUUCGGAGAGAUGCUCGCCGCUCCAGCUCGCGCGUAGCAAUGCGGAGAUGACUAACAUUCUGCUUGGUUCGGGUGCGGACGUGAAAUCAGUGGACAGGUUAGGGCACACUGCUCUACAUUGGGCUGCCUUCGACGGCAUCCAGGAGGUUGUCCACGCACUAGUUGAAGUGGGGGCCGAUGUCGAAGCACGAUGUUUGGCUCAGCUGCUCUCUGAACAACGCCACUCGUUGAAGGGAUCGACGUCUCUUCAUGUCGCCGCCUACUGGGAGACGCUCGACACUAUGCUCGCACUUCUUCAGAAGGGGGCCAACGCCAACGCACCAGACGACGACGGGCAUGGGCCCCUUCACCUGGUGUGCAAGUAUCCCAAGGCAAGGUCGGUAGCUGUGGCCGACCUUCUUCUGAGAUGGGGCGCAGAAGAGACCGCUACCGACAACGAUGGCAACACCCCCGCAGACUUUAUCCAAAGCAGCGACGAGUCCGACGGACGGCUGCAACGGUUAUUGGCGAAUGCUCCGGCAGGCAGGGCCUGGCGUCGGCGGGGUAUGGUGAUUAUGCUGCGUGCCCAGGGUGUGGAGGCGUCCAACGCGGCUCCGGUAUACAGGGCAUGCCGUCGGCGGGGUAGGUGCGUACCCAGGAUGAAGCCGCGGCAAACGUGCCCACCUGGUCGGCCUGGAGGACGAAGCACUGUUCCAAGCAAUCGUGCGGUUUUUGUAGGAAGACGCGAGGAAAGGUGGGGUGGAGUACACUGCGGUUUGCUGAUGGCAGCCCGAUCCUUGUAGUCUAAAUAGAUUUCCUAGGCGCAAAGUCUCUUCUUGGUUGUUGGUGUUCCGUUCGCUGUGCUAGCAGACUCUCUCGGCGCGCGCAAGUCACGGUCUGGUGAAUACCACCAUGUCUUA